AUGUCUGAUGAUCAAUUAAGAGCAUUAAUCUAAAAGAAUAACCUCAAAAUUGAAUAACAUUAAAAUAGAAUGAUGAUUAAAUUCCCUCAAACUCCUCAAGUUAGAGAUUCAUAAUAAUUAGUAAAUAAAUAUUGUAUUUUAGUCCUAAAUGUUUACAAAAUCAAACAAUAAAAGUAGCAGUAUAGAUAGAAGUUAUUUUAGUUGUGUUCCAACUAGAAAAUCAACCAAAUAAAGCUUUUUUGUUCCAAAAUCUGUUGCUACUUCAUAAUAUUUAGAUUCAUAGGCUUUUUAAAUAUAUUAACCAGAGGAUAUUCAAAAUACUCAUAUUUAAGAUUAUGUGCAAUAAAUUUAACAUUCUUAAAUGAAUAUUAGUGAUAAUAUGGAUAUCUCACCUAUGAAUUCACCAAUUCUUAAUUAAUUAAAAAGAGAAAAAGAAAUCAUUUAACAAUAAAAUCAAUUAUUAAUAUCAUAAAUGUCAAGAGAAAUAGAAAAUAAUAAAAGACAAUAUCAGAAAUCUGAAUAAACAUUAUAACAGUAAAUAAUUCAAUUAUAAAAUGAAUUAAAUGCCUAUAAGUAGUAUUAAACAAAAAGUCUAGAUUUAGAAGCAAGUCUAUAAUAAAUUAUUAUUGAAAAUAAUGAACUCAAAUCUAAAUUAUAAGAACAAAAUAAAUGGUUAUUUGAAUUAUAAGAAUAAUUCGAUUUAGUUCAUACAAAAAUGAUAGAAAUCAAACAAAAAAUUCAAGACACUAAGCAUUUCUCUACAUAAUUAUCUUAAAUUGCUUAAUAUUUAUUGAAUAAAUAAACACCUCCUUUAGAUUUCUUAGUUUUUAUGAAUAAUCAAUCUAAAUAAUUAUAACAUGAAUAACAAUAAGAAAUUGAAUUUAGAAAUAGAAAAUAAUAAAUUAAAUAAUAGCAUUUUUAAUCUAAUCCAUUUCCUAUUGCAAAAGAAUCUUUUGCUUAAAUUUAUUAAUUUUAGAUUGAAAACUCUAUGAUACUUAAUUAAAUAGUCAAAGAUUUGAGAAAUAAUGUCGAUCGCUACUCAUAAUAAUACAUUGCAGAAGUUGGAUUUCAUUUAAUAUGA